GCGCGAGGACCAUCUCACGUUCUUUCCUCGAGGUGCAACUAUACUUUGCCUCUCAUGCUUCGCGGUGAUCUUCGCUCGCUUAUUUCGAAAAGUUUCAGUUGUGGGGAUAAAAGGACAGCUAAACCUUCCCAGGGAUUUUUUUUAAACAACGUGGAAGACCAUCGAGGAUGAGCUGCCAGUGAGAGCGACCCCUGAUUCUGCCAGAGUGUCGACAGUGUAAAAGUUUGCACCAUUCUGCCCAUACAGUUUCCCCCGUCUCUCUUCUCUCCACCCCUCCCCCACACCCCUCUGCUCUCGCCCCUAUCCCCGCCUCCGCCAAACCCCAGCCCGGUCUCCAAAAUGGACUUGCACCGGGCAGCUUUUAAAAUGGAGAGCUCCUCCUACCUGCCCAACCCAUUAGCAUCCCCAGCGCUUAUGGUCCUAGCAUCAACAGCGGAGGCCAGCCGCGAUGCCUCCAUUUCCUGCCAGCAGCCUCGCCCCUUCGGCGUGCCGGUUUCUGUGGAGAAGGAUAUUCACCUUCCCUUCAACAACGGUUCCUACACGUUCGCCUCCAUGUACCACCGACAGGGAGCCGUACCACCAGGCUUCCCCAAUAGGGACUUCCCUCCUUCCCUCCUACACCUCCAUCAUCAGUUUGCCCCUCCAAAUCUGGACUGCUCCCCCAUUAGCAUGCUUAACCACAGUGGUGUUGGGGCCUUCCGGCCAUUUGCCUCUCCUCUGGAGGACCGAGAUGGAGCGGGAGGUGGAUACCAGUCCGCCUUUACCCCAGCCAAGCGGCUAAAGGGCUGCCUGGAGGCCGAGGCCUCCCCGCACCUGCGCUACUCGGACGCAGAAGGAAAAGAGUAUGACUUUGGUGGUGCUCAGAUCUCUUCCAGCUCGCCUAACGCUCACAAAGCCGGGGAAGAUGUGGGGAAGAAGAUCUUCGCAGUGUCAGGCCUGCUGUCGGACCGAGAAACCUCGUCCAGUCCGGAGGAUCGCAUUGAGCGCUGUAAGAAGAAGGUGUCACUCUAUGACAGUCAGGCUCCCAUCUGCCCCAUCUGUCAGGUGCUGCUGCGUCCAGGAGAACUUCAGGAGCACAUGGAACAGGAGAUGGACAGGCUCACCCACAUGCACAUCAGCAAGAACUCAUCACACAAGGACAUCAAUGCAGCUCCAGGCACACCGAAGUCUCUCCUGUUGUCAGUGCACAUCAAACGUGAGGGCGAGUCUCCAGUUGUGUCCCCGCUCUCCUCUGAUGAAGCUCACCAUUCUGACAGAUACCAGACAUUUUUACGAGUUCGAGCUAACAGGCAAACACGAUUGAAUGUCGAUGACCUCUGCUGGUGCAGGCGCAACGCCAAGGAAAGUUUCAAAAGUCCCCCAAUCCCAGUGCCCAGAGGAGUGCCCCUAGCCCCUUGCUGCCUGCGGCAUGCCCGGAUUGGGAAGAUGAAGCGCCGAAAGCCUGAGGAUGGACAGGUAUGUCCACUGUGCAGCGCCCCGCUGACAGGAACGGAGGAGGAAAUGAGUAGGCAUGUGGAACAAUGUCUGUUCAAGAGGGAAGGUGGAACAGAAGAGGAUUUUGCCGAUGUCGAAGGGGAGAACGGAACGCGGUUUGAGGAGUACGAGUGGUGUGGACAGAAGAGGGUCCGAGCUACUACGUUACUGGAAGGUGGUUUCAGAGGGACAGGCUUUGCCAUGUGUAGUACGAAGGAGAGCCAUGAUAGUGAUGCAGACCUGGAUGUGGAUGGAGAUGACACACUGGAGUACGGCAAAGCCCAGUACACUGAAGCAGACAUCAUUCCUUGUUCUGGAGAGGACCAGGGAGAGGCCAAAGAACGUGAGGCACUGCGUGGGGCUGUUUUGAAUGGUGGUGUGCCAUCCAAUAGAAUAACACCAGAGUUCUCAAAAUGGGCCAGUGAUGAAAUGCCAUCCACCAGUAAUGGUGAGAGCAGCAAACAGGAGCCGAGCUCUUCAUCUUCGUCCUCCACGCCGAGGACCUGUAAAAACAGUGAGAUCGAGAAGAUAACAGAGGACUCGACAGCGACCACACUGGAGGCACUAAAGGCCCGCAUACGAGAACUGGAAAAGCAGAUCCUCAGAGGAGACCGAUACAAGUGUCUCAUAUGCAUGGACUCGUAUACAAUGCCUCUCACCUCCAUCCAGUGUUGGCACGUGCACUGUGAAGAAUGCUGGCUAAGGACUCUGGGAAACAAGAAGCUCUGCCCACAAUGCAACACCAUCACGUCGCCAGGGGACCUCAGGCGUGUCUAUUUGUGAGCAGAACAGCCCGGAUUCUUUUUUUGGUUUUUGUUUGACUUUUCGUUUCCAUUUUUGCUUAUGUUUUUGGUUCCCCCAGCGCCUGAGGGAGUGGAAUGUCGUCCUGACCACGAGAGGCUCGAGCACAGACUCUUACUGACUUUAAAAGGGGACGGACUUCACAAGCAUUGGACUAAUGAGGACUGUGUAGACUCAGUCCUCUAAUAUAAUUGCUUAUGUGAAGAGUCUUCCAGCCUCCCUCUUGUGUUGGUCCAUGUUCCACCCGCACUGCUGCUGCUGCUGUUCUUCAGCUCCCACUGUCGCUACUUCUUCACCACUGACGUCAGCCUGACAAUAAGAAGAGACUUUAAAUGGCCCACCCUAGGCUCUCCAGAACCCCUCGAUCUUGAUUCUUCAUUGUGUUCACGUUCGCCCCAAAUCAUAACUUCUUUUGUGGUUGUUCUAGUGAUGUCAACCAAAUUCAAUGAAUCUGUGCAAGCACAUGUAUUAUAGUCUGUAUGUUUACAGUGUUGUGAGUGAAUGACAUACAGAACUAAACACACUUGUAUACACGUGCACACAUGGACAUACACAUGCACAUACAGAAGUAUAUAUUGAAUAAAAGUCCAGUUUUAGUUGGGGGUGGUUUGGGUCGGGAGGGAGGGGAAAUGUUUCAAUCUUGGUGAAUAAAAAAAAAAAGGAAAAAGAAAACCCUGUGUAUUUUCAAAGCAGAUGUUGUUGUCUUGAAGUUAAAGUUGUAUUGCAUUGUACAGGAAGAAAUUUAAGUAAUGAUAAUAAACUACUCAAACUAGGACUUAAAAGAUUUAGGUGUAUGUUUUUCACUGAAAUAUGCAGUAAAAACUGUAGAUUUAAUCCUGAAACAAGGGAAAGUAUCUUUCUUUUUCUUUGCUUUUUUCGAAGAAAUUGAAAGAUUUGCUUUUAUUCACUCACAUUUUGACUUUAAUGCUGAAUGCCGUCUGUUACAAACAAUUGAAAUUAUUGAACAUACAAUAUUAAGACCCCUGACCAGUUGCAUAGACCAGGUUCUUCCCUCAGAAAAGGGACUUUUCUCAAAACAUCAAAUACUUAGGGUGGUUUCAUUUAUAAGUUACAUUCCGAUUUCCUCUCUGAGACUUUAUUUUUCCUUGAAGAAUGAACUGGAAGAGUCAAGACUUGUUUCCCUGACUGACUGACUGACUGACUGCUCACGUUUUUCCCUAGGAGUGAGACCGUGUGCUUUAUAUUUGUACAUCUAUGUAUUCUGUGAUUUCUGUAUUGAUGUAAGUGCAAAAAAAGGAAGAAAUGAAAGAUCAUUGCUGAUCCCAACACCACAAUAAACAGUCAAAUGUU